CGAUGAUUGUAUUGUAGUGGUGUGUGUUACUCUCUCCUCAUCCUCAGCCUAAAAUCUUCACCGCAAUAAUAGUAGAACCAGAAGUAAACCUAAAUCGGUUCUGAUUUCUGAACACCGCAUACAGCCUCCGCGCCUUUUCUUUUUCUCUCUUCUCUCCGAAGCUUCUCGAACAACAUAUUGUGAUGUCUGGGGAAGAGUAUGAUGCACAAGAUGCAGGCUAUGUGCCUGAAAACCCUGAAUUUCCACAAAACCAUUCCGACGAACAUGAUGAAGGAAAUGUGAUUGAUGAUGCGGGGUUUCCUCAACUGCAGCCUGAUCAACAUGACGAUGGCAAUUUGGAUGAGGGAGCUAAUCCUCCUGAAAAUCAGUUUGAUGGCCACGAAAUUGAAGGUUUGCCCGAAGAUACCGAUGCUCAUCCACAAGAGAAUGCUGAGGAGGAGGAGGAACAUCAUGAUAUUGGGGAUGUUACUGGGGAUUUCAAUUCUCAGGAGAAACAGGGAGCACAGGAUAAUUCGAAAGGAAAUGAAAUAAAGAAGUGGCCUGGUUGGCCUGGAGAGAAUGUUUUCCGGAUGUUGAUUCCUGUACAAAAGGUUGGCAGUAUCAUCGGCCGCAAGGGAGAGUUUAUUAAGAAAAUGACGGAAGAGACCAAAGCUCGCAUUAAAAUUCUUGAUGGUCCGCCAGGAACCAUGGAAAGAGCAGUAAUGGUUUCUGCAAAAGAAGAGCCAGAUCGCGCCAUACCGCCUGCUGUGGAGGGUUUGUUAAGGGUUCAUAAACAAGUUGUCAAUGUGGACCACAAUCCUCCAGAUGCAUCGGCUGCAUCAAACCAAGUUGUUACGAGGCUUCUGGUGGCAGAUACUCAAGCAGGAAGCUUGAUCGGGAAGCAGGGUUCCACAGUAAAGUCCUUUCAAGAUAACACUGGUUGCAAUAUACGUGUUCUUGGAUCAGCUGAAUACCUGCCUGUAUUUGCUCUACGGGAUGAUAGUGUUGUUGAAAUACAAGGGGAGUCUGCUGGGGUUCACAAGGCAGUUGAACUUAUUGCACUUCAUCUCCGUAAAUUCCUGGUUGACCGCGGCAUAGUUGGAGUAUUUGAAACACAGAUGCAAAGGCCAGAUGCUCGAGUUAACCAGAAUGUGCCCCCACCUCAAGCUUGGGGUCCCCCACAUCCACAAGGGUUCCCCACUCCUGGCAGUGGUGGACCUGCUUUUGCACCCAAUCCUCAAUAUAUGCCUCCUUCACAUAACUACGAUAAUUACUACCCACCUCCUGAUCUGCCUCCCGUAGAUAAGCUCAUUCCUCCACCUGCCUAUGCAAGGGAUACUUCUCAAUCACAGCAGUCUGUUGCAAAUAAGGUCACACAGCACAUGCAAAUUCCUCUAACCUAUGCAGAUGCAGUUAUUGGAGCAUCAGGAUCAAAUAUCAGCUACAUUCGCCGUGCUAGUGGCGCAAGUAUUACAAUUCAGGAGACCAGGGGUAUACCAGGGGAAAUGACUGUUGAGAUAAGCGGCACCGCGUCACAAAUACAGGCAGCUCAACAACUGGUGCAGAAUUUCAUGGCUGAAGCGGCGAGUGCGGCACAAGAUCAUAUGGGGGGGUCAAUUAACCAAGGUUACAAUUCCUAUCCUACCAAUGCUUCUGUUUAUGCAUCUCCACCUUCAAGUGCUGGAGCACAUACAGGCCAUGCACCUUCUGCUGAUUAUGGUUCGGUGUAUGGAACCAAUUAUGGUUACUAAGAGUUAAAAUUCCCCAAAACACCCAAAUCCCCUGCGCACGGGGCGGGGAUAGAGGAAAAGAAAGUGGAUCACAUUCAAUUUUAGUGGAGGAGCAGUGUUUCUGUAAACUUUAUGUUCAAUUCUAGCUAGUUCUCGUGGGUAUUGUAACCAGGAUUGUACCCUUUAGAUUUUUACCUUAUAUUACAUUGGAUAUAACUGGACAUGGUUUAGUAUACAUUUUUCUGUCGAA